AUGGCUGAUAUUCUCUCACUCGAACAAUUGGUUCACCUGUCCUUAGGUGAUCCCGAAGCAGGUGCGGUAAAUUUUAAUGUUUUGAAAACUCUUCUUUUACAAAUGCUUAAAGCAAUGAAUCUAUACAAUUAUAAACCAACAAUGUCUGAUGACGAUCAACGUACACUUAAAGAAGCACUUUCAACAACAAUAGCAACAUCAUCAUCAUCACCACCACUGAAACAACAUGUUUCAUUCGACAAACAGGAAAUUGCAACUAGUGAUAACGAAAAUGAAACGAAUAAGAAAGCUCAACGAAGAAUACGUGAUCGCAGUUCAGAUCGUCUUAAUGCAUUAGAAGAAAAAAUAUUUCGUUUUGAAUCUCAAUUAGAUGCUUUCAAUCAAAUACCAUCAAAUGCAGAAGUUAUCGAUCGAACUAAACAAAUGCAAAGAAAAACAUCGGAUCAUGAUGAUCAAACAAGACCAACGAAUCGACAUGGGCCCAUUCUAGAAAUUUGGCAGUAUACACAAAUGGAAAAACGUAUUGAAUCAGCUGAAAAUGGAAUAACACGACUUGCUUCGCUACUUCAAGAUCUUUUUUCAGAAAUGGACGAUUUAAAAGAGUCAAAUGAAUCAAUGAAAAAGACAACGGAUGAUCUUAAAAAACAACACGAUGAACUUCAACGUAUUGUUGACAUGUUAAAUAACGAGAAAAAUGAUUGGGCUAAAAAAUCUGAUGUUGAAAAUUUAGAAGAAAAAAUUCGUAAUUUACAAAAUUUACUGGCAUCGUUACGUGAUCGUCUCAAUGAAAUACCGAGAGAAAAUUCAGAUGGUGUUGUCAUGCCUGACUUAAGCGGUUAUGUUACAUGGGAUCGAUUAGAAGAUGCUCUUAAAGGUAUUCGAGAAUCAAUAGAAAAGUCAUCACAUGAUGCAGCUGCUGCUUUGGCCUCAGCAAAAGAUACUCGACCACCUGUACAAGUCAUUGAACGACAAAGUCAAACUUCAGCAAAACGAAAGGAUUCACCAGUAGUAACUAAUACUGUUCCAUCGGAUAGACUUGCUGAGAUUUUGGAAACACUGGGAACAUUAAAUCAUCGACAUGAACAACUACGAGCAUUAGUUGAAGCACUUGAACUAAACAAACUCGAUCGUGACGAAUUUGAAGCGUUUAAAAAUCAAUAUUAUGAUUUACUGGAUCGUUUAGCAUCGCUGGAACGAACUGUUGAUCAUCUUCAAUCACAAGGAAUAAAUGAUAAUUCUGCUCCAUCACCCGUACGUGAAAUAAUUAGAGAAGUUCCUUCACAGUCACGAACGGAUUAUUCCGGUGAAAUGGCUGAUUUUCGUACCGCUUUACAACGUUUACGUGAAGAAUUAGAUCGAAUUAGAAAAUUAAUACAAGAUCUGACAAAUAAAGGAAAUUUAUCUGCUCAAGAUAUUGAAACAUUGAAAAAACUAGUUCAACAAUUAGAUCAGACAAAAGCUGAUAAGGCGUAUGUUAACAAUGAACUUGACAAAAAAGCAGACAAACGAGAUAUUGAAAAUCGAGUCUUGAAAAAAGAUUUCAACUCGGCUUGCGGUGAAUUAUCACAAAAUAUAAAUGAUUGUUUGCAAAGAUUCUGUGUGCAUGAUGAUACUCAAAAACAAGAUUUAGAUAAAAUGAACCAUGAAAUUGACAGUAAACUAGAUCGUUUAGAACUCGAUGCUCUACGUGAUUACAUGGAAAAGCAAAUGAAAAAACUUAAACGACUAGCGAAAGAACAACAACAAACUCAACAACAACAUGUACAUGUUAUGUCAGAAGAUGAAGCUGCAGGUCUACGAAAACAACUUAUCCGUUUUCAUUGUAUCAGUUGCGAUCGACCUAUUGAUGUUCAACCGCAUCCACAGCAGCCAAGUCUUCCCAUCAAUCAAGCUAUGCGUCCUAUUCAAUCGCCUCGACCAUAUACCACAUACGAACUCGAUCAAAUUCGACAAUUUCAAAAGAGUCAACAAUUAACUCAUGAACUCAGUGGAGGAGCAGCAGAUGUUUAUGCAACUGUUCGACAAUGUGGUGGCUCGCAUACAAUGACGCUACCAUUUAAAAGACAAACAAAAGGACAAUUAGGUGUACCCGAAGAACCAGUUCUUACAAGAAAUGAAGUCGAUAUCAAAGGUCAUGAUGGUGUGAUUUACAAAGGUAGAAUUGAUGCCGAUAAAUUACCAUCUGUUGAUCUUCACAAGAAGCAUUCGGUUGUUCUGCGUGCAUCUUUUCCACAACCGAAAUCUCGUACAGAAUCUCAUCAAAUACCUAUUCAUUAUCAUCAUCAACAUGAAUCACCCAAUAAUGAUCUUGAUCGAAAUGAUGAAUCACCACUUAUUCCAAAUCUUGAACCAUCUCUACCUCGAGAAGAAUCAUAUACCUAA